AUGCUGGAUCAUGCUCAGGAGUUCGCGUCGCAUCACCGGAUCCUUGACCAUUGCCGCUUCCGUGCUGAAGUGGUUCAAGUUGACAUGGAGGCUCCCGGCAGCUACAACGUGCAGUGGCAGUCUCCGGAUGGACUCCGGCAUCAAGAAGGCCCCUUUGCAGCAGUCAUGCUCUAUCCGGGCUUCUUGCCGAAGCCACGAGACGAGCCCCUUCCCGAGGAAGGGCGCUUCCAGGGCCGAAUUGCUUUGGGUGUGGCCGACGACCUGUCGGACUGGAGAGACUGGAG